AGAAAAAAUAGAGAGUAGGGUUUAGAGGUUGUUUGAUCUUCUGUCACCCAAAGUGAAAACUCCAAUUUUCUUGCCCGAGAAAACGCGAGAAACUUUUUUGGUUUCUCCCUACUUGAAUGGCCCUUCUGAAGCCUCCUCUAAAUUUCUCUCUUCGACUAAUGGCCUCACGUUUCGUCAUAUACUCUUCUAUUCACUCCCACACUGUUUUUCUCUCCUCAUCCUUCACUCUUUCUCCUCCCUCCCUCCUCCUCAGAACCAGGACAAGUUUCGGAUUGAGAAGGGUUCGAAAUGCAGUGUCUUCAAGGGCUUUUAUGGCUUCAAGCCUUACCACCGAAGCUUUUCAGGAAAGUACGAGCUCGAAAGCGUAUGGGUCUGAACAAAUUCAGGUACUGGAAGGUUUAGACCCUGUUAGAAAAAGACCAGGAAUGUACAUUGGAAGCACUGGACCUCGUGGUUUGCACCAUUUGGUUUAUGAAAUACUGGACAAUGCUAUUGACGAGGCCCAAGCAGGAUUUGCUUCAAAGAUAGAUGUUGUCUUACAUGCAGACAAUUCAGUGAGCAUUACGGACAACGGGCGUGGGAUUCCAAUCGACUUGCAUCCAGUGACAAAAAAAUCUUCUUUGGAGACUGUCUUGACGGUUUUACAUGCUGGUGGGAAAUUUGGUGGUUCAAGUAGUGGUUACAGUGUCUCAGGGGGACUACAUGGUGUAGGCUUAUCUGUUGUUAAUGCAUUAUCUGAGGCAUUAGAAGUUACUGUUUGGCGUGAUGGAAUGGAAUACCAGCAGAAAUAUUCCCGUGGAAAGCCUGUUUCAACUUUAAUGUGUCAUGAGCUUCCUGAUGAAUCAAAAGACCGCCAAGGGACACACAUUAAGUUUUGGCCUGACAAAACAAUAUUCACUACUGCAAUUCAGUUUGAUUACAGCACUAUAGCUGGACGGAUUAGGGAGCUGGCUUUUUUAAACCCUAAGAUUAUUAUUGCUCUUAAGAAAGAGGAUACAGAUCCACAGAAGAACCAGUAUAGUGAAUACUACUAUGCUGGGGGAUUGGUUGAGUAUGUGAAGUGGCUAAAUACCGACAAAAAACCACUUCAUGAUAUUGUGGGUUUUAGAAAAGAAGCAGAUGGAAUCAGAAUUGAUGUGGCUCUUCAGUGGUGCUCUGAUGCAUAUUCAGAUACAAUGCUGGGAUAUGCUAAUAGCAUUCGUACAAUUGAUGGCGGUACUCACAUAGAUGGUAUGAAGGCGUCAUUAACAAGAACUCUCAACAACCUCGGGAAGAAAUCAAAAAUUUUCAAGGAGAAGGAUAUUAGUUUAAGUGGUGAGCACGUGAGGGAGGGAUUAACAUGUGUAAUCUCUGUCAAAGUUGCAGAUCCAGAGUUUGAAGGUCAAACAAAGACAAGGUUGGGAAAUCCAGAGGUGCGGAAAGUGGUUGAUCAAUCUGUUCAAGAGUAUCUCACUGAAUACUUGGAGUUGCAUCCAGAUGUACUCGAUUCAAUCCUUUCCAAGUCCCUUAAUGCUCUAAAGGCAGCUCUGGCAGCGAAGAGGGCAAGAGAAUUGGUGAGACAAAAGAGUGUUUUAAGAUCCUCAUCUCUUCCUGGAAAGCUAGCCGAUUGCUCAGCCACAAAUCCUGAAGAUUCUGAAAUAUUUAUUGUUGAAGGAGAUUCAGCCGGUGGCAGUGCAAAACAAGGGCGUGAUAGGCGCUUCCAGGCUGUUCUUCCCUUGAGGGGUAAAAUUUUGAACAUUGAAAGAAAGGAUGAAGCAGCAAUGUAUAAGAAUGAAGAGAUUCAAAAUCUUAUUCUUGGUCUGGGACUUGGAGUAAAGGGAGAGGAUUUUAAAAAGGAAGCUCUCCGCUAUCAUAAAAUUAUAAUCUUGACAGAUGCUGAUGUGGAUGGUGCUCACAUCCGCACUUUACUAUUGACAUUUUUCUAUAGAUAUCAGAGAGCUUUGUUUGAUGAAGGUUGCAUUUAUGUUGGCGUGCCACCCUUAUACAAGGUUGAGAGGGGAAAGCAAACAUAUUAUUGCUAUGAUGAUGCGGAACUAAAACAGUUACAGAGGUCCUUCCCUUCAAAUGCAUCUUACAACAUUCAGAGGUUCAAAGGUUUGGGGGAGAUGAUGCCUUUACAAUUAUGGGAAACAACAUUGGAUCCAGAGAAAAGACUGCUAAAGCAAUUAAUGGUAGAGGAUGCAGCAGAAGCAAAUGUUGUUUUCUCCUCUCUUAUGGGUUCCCGGGUGGAUUAUAGGAAGGAACUUAUACAGAGCUCUGCAAGCAUGAUCAACCUUGACCAGCUGGAUAUAUGAAGGGUAUCAUCAAAUAUAGAAUUGAGAACAUCCUUUGUGCUAUAUAUUGUACUAAAUGGCAACUAAAUGUAAUUUAUUUAUUUUUUAAAUUUGAAUUUGUGAAGCAAAAGCUUUUUUUUUGCAUGUUGUCUAUUUUCUUCCUAGUUUGGUGUCAUUUGCAAAGGCAUCCAAUAUCUCUGAUCAUGGCUGUAGCUCUUGAAAUCUUUGGUUGGUUGUGGAGGUUGAUGGGUUCAUGGGUAUUUGUUUUAAUAUUUUUAUCAUCA